AUGAUUGAGACGUCGACUGAUGGUCAAGCCUCGAUAAUCUCCGUCAAUGAAAUGUCAGUGCUAAUCUCGUUGCAUCCAAAAUCUGGUUAUAACGCACACGCUGAUUUCACUGUGAAAAUUAAAUGUCCAUUGUCCUAUCCAAAAGACUAUCCACAAGUGACUUUCAAGUCACCAAUCUUCCAUCCCAACAUAGACAAUUAUUCGGGCAAUAUUUGUCUAAAUCUUCUCAAUGAAUGGCUUAGCUGUUACAAUCUGCUGGAUGUCGUGAAGUCUAUCCUCUACCUCAUUGAAAAUCCAAAUUUUGAAUCUGUAAACAACUCAUUUGGAUACAUUGAGAAUAGAAACCUGCUGGCAAAGAAGACGAUGCGGGUUUUGGCAGGUUUGCCAGUUAAUGGGGAACGGUUUGCGCCGAACAAGGCAUGGUGUGAGUGGGCAGAGGCCCAUGGAUGCCUUCCAGUUGGUGAGGAAGAGGAUGACGACGAAGAUGAUGUUGGGGGAACGAAUGAAAGCAGGCCGGAGGCGAGUUUCGUGGAUGCCGUGCAAGAAUCAGACAGUGAGCAUGGCAGUAUCCGUAAUGACCUUGCCCCUGCUUACAAAAAAGAUGACAAUGAAGACUUUAAUUAUGGUGCAGCCGUGUUCGACGAAAAUGUUCUGUCAUUUGCAAAUAUGCGAUUCUCCGUUGAUUCAGAGAACGACUCACAAGUUUCACCGCCCUUUGAACGCGAAUACACACUUGGAUACAUUGAGACUCAACGCAUUCUUAUUUGGCAUCCUGGAUGUAGUCCCAAUGCCAAUAUCCCCUCGGUUUUCUACUUCUGUGAGCCCCUCGGUGAUGAUUCUUAUUGGAUGGAGUUUGAAGAUCUUUACAACAUGCUUUUGACAGGCGAUGUGUUGCACUCGAUGCAAAGUCAUCCUGAAUCAAGACAAGCAUCAAGUCUAUGUCCGUGGUACGAUUUCUUUCAGCCUGAGCACUAUUCCUAUCAGUCGCACACCAAUUCCGUCUCCGACCUAGCCGUCUUCUUUUCUGAAAAAAAUGUUAACGAGGCCCAUACUGACCGACGACUUUUGUCCGUGGUCUCAUGUAGACGGAGGAGGAAUUUGGGGCAUCUUGGGUGGGCUGUUUUGUGA